AUGUCGCUCACCUGGUCUCGGAUGCUUCUCCUCCUCCCCGCUCUGGCGAUUUCAGCUGCAGCACUGCCACAUGCCCCAGCCACCACUGAGCCAAUUCUCACUCCAAACGAGUGUCCUCGCCAUAAUCCUCAAGUCCAAGACGGAACUCUCGUCGACCAGCUCUGGACACAGAACUGUGACCUAGUGACCAAGUUUCUCAACAAUGCAUUCACCACUGCCCAAGCGGCACAAACCUCCCAAGGGACUCUAGAGUCACUGCAAUACUACUUCGUUGUCCGUAUUUACGACGCUCUUUGA